CUGCCAGACUAUAAGGAGCGGGGUAUCAGCUUCUCAAGUAAGCUAGCGGGUUUUGCUCUGAAAAACACCCGCGUUUUUGCUUUCGAAAACAACCAAUUUCUAGUGGAAGAGUUUCCCAUUGCAGUCUAGAGUUAUGCAUUUGUCUCAGUUUUGUCUAGGGUUUCAAUAAUCCCAUUCUCGUCGAAUCCUCACCGUACUCGCUCAAAUUCACUGCCUUCGAACCUUCAAAGUUUUUAGUAUUCUGAAAAGAAAAAGAAAAUAGUUAACCCUUCCUGUGGUAAUGAAGAAAGCUAAAAGGAACGCGGCCAUUGUGAUUUCAUCAUCUGAUGAUGAUGAACACUUCUCAUUGAAUUCGAAUUUCACCCACUCGAAAUCAAAAUCAAAAUCGAAAUCGGCAUCAGUUCCGAGGAAGAACCCUAAAAGGGCUAAAACGGCGCUUCUUUCGGCGUCAUGUCCACGCUCAUCUAAAGAGGCUAGUGGCUUCGAUGAGAUGAAACGGUUUUGUGAGGAGUUUGAUGAUAAUAUCACAGGCAUCAAGGUAUCUGCUGGUCUUCAAAGCAACAAUGCCAUGUGGGUUGACAAACAUAAGCCUCAUUUCCUGAAAGAGCUUGCAGUUCACAAGAAGAAGGUCGAAGAAGUGAAAAUAUGGUUUGAAGAAAGACUACAUGCUGCAAUGGAUGAUCAUAAUAAUGUCCUUCUUGUUGCUGGACCUUCUGGUGUUGGAAAAACUGCAACUAUAUAUGCUAUUGCUUCACAUCUUGGUGCUACAAUAUGGGAAUGGAACACGCCUGCUCCAACAGUUUGGUCAGAACAUUUGUAUAAUGCUAAUUCAGGGUUACAAUACAUGUCAAAGCUGGAUGAGUUUGAAGGUUUUGUUGAAAGGGUGAGAAAGUAUGGAUUGACUUCUCCAACCUUGAAGGGAUCACAGGCUUCAGUCAUACUCUUAGUUGAUGAUCUUCCGGUGGUAAAUGGAAGAGUUGCAUAUGGAAAGCUUCAAAAGUGUUUGAAGCUUCUUGUGCAAUUAGUCCGCAUUCCAACAGCUGUAGUGAUCACCAACUAUGACAAGGAUGACUCUGCAGACUUUAGCACACGCUGCUGGGAAGAACUCCUUGUGUCUCUUCAUAAUGCUGGUGCUUGUAAGGUCAACUUCAACCCUGUCACUAUCAACUCGAUCAAGAAAACACUUACAACUAUAUGCAGAAAGGAGCAGCGUGAAGUUAGUGCUGAUACGAUUGAGCUAAUAGCAAAAUCGAGUGGAGGUGACAUCAGACAUGCAAUUACUUCUCUGCAGUAUCUCUGUCUUAACCCACAUAGAAGGCCUAUUCUACCUUUAAAAGAAAGACCGGACAGUAGUAUUUGUUUGGAUGAUGCGUUUUCUUUGCCAUUUGGAAAAGAUGAAACUCUCUCUCUAUUCCAUGCAUUAGGCAAAUUUCUACACAACAAAAGAGAAAAUGAGCUCGCAACUGCAUCAGAUAGAGAUGCAUUUAUUCUGAAGGAAAAAUUUGUGAGAUUUCCUCUUAAAAUGGAUGCUCCAGAAGUUGUACUUUGUCAAGCACAUGGGCAAGCGAGGACUCUUUCUGAUUUUCUACAUGAAAAUGUUUUAGACUUUUUGAAUGAGGAAGCAAUAGAUGACGCAUGGCUUGUGGCCUCAUAUUUAAGCGAUGCUGAGUUUCUUCUAUCUUCACUUAAUGGACUUCUAACCAGAGACUUUGGAGCUGAGAACAUUGUACAGUCAGCUGCUGCUUCAGUUGCUGCCAGAGGAGUAUUAUUUGGGAAUGCUCAUCCAGUGCCUUCCAGGUGGCAUGCUAUUCGACGUCCAAAACUGUGGGAGGUUGAACAAUCAUUGCGCCGCAAUAAGUGUCAAAUGUUAAGUCAGAGGGGUGACGUGUGUAAUAGCCUAACAUUGUCGAAUCAGAUAGUUAUGGCAACCGAGUAUAGACCUGCCCUGAAAUGGCUUGGUUGCCGAGCAUCUGAAAGUUUCCAAGCAGACGACAUGGUUGAAGAUGACUCGGGUAGCACCUGUUUUCAUGAGAAGAAGCUGGAUAUGUCGGACGAUGAAAUAGAAGAUUGGUAAUUGGAAGCAGUGCAUUCAAUAUUUGGUCAAUGCGGGGGCUAUAUUUCACCUGUAAAUUUUGUGCAUAGCUGAAAUGGUGUAAUUUUCCAAAAUGUACAGCUAAGUUCAUACUAUUUGAACAUUGUAGGAAAAUGCGAGUAAAGACUUCCGUUUUAAAAUUUGAGGAAGAUACAACGAAA